UGGGACAUUUUGAGUGACCUCUGGGGAUGUCGUGGGGUUGAUUCAAAAAUGGGCGAUCUCUGGCCAAGCUGCUCGCGGUGGGAGCUGGGUGUAGUGUUCGUUGCGGGUCUCGUCACUGGUUUGAUCACCCCGCACAUCAUGCAAGCGUUCCACCGCCUCUCUACCGUCAAGGACGUCCCUGAUGCAUGGUUCACUCAGCACAGGCGGCUACGAGGGACCGUCGUCGCUGUGUCUGACGGCGAUACGUUUCGAAUGCGACACAUGCCAUGGCUCAGGUGCGUCGACACGAUGCAUUACCUUGACGGAAGCAAAGACGAAUGAAUGGGGCACGAUAUGUGUAAACAGAGGUGUGGGGUCGUUCCCUCCCAAGAAACUCAAGGAGCACACGCUUCAGAUUCGACUGGCGGGAGUAGACACCCCCGAAAUGCCGCAUUUUGGCAAGGAAUGCCAGCCGUAUGCAAAGGAGGCCAAGGCGUGGCUUUUGAAUGAGCUCAAGGACAGAGUUGUCACGGUGACCCUCCUGCGACGUGAUCAGUACGGUCGAGCAGUGUGCAUGGUGGCAUAUCGCGAAUCGUGGUGGAAUGGAACGAAGAACGUAUCGGAAGUGCUCCUUCGACGUGGACUGGCCAAGGUGUAUCGGUUGUCUGGUGCAGAGUAUGGCGGCCUCUUGGACAAUUUCAAUGCUUUGGAAAAUCAAGCGAAAGAGGCGAAAUUGAACAUUUGGAGCCAGUGACAAAGGAUAAAACGAAGUCAGAGGCGAACAAACCAAUGCUCCAGACGGGAGGGUAUUACUCUGCCUGGACAAUGUCUGCAACAAUAGAGUUGGCAUAUUCCUUGGACCCAA